AUGCCACAAGAACCACCAAUGGAAGAAGUACAAGAAAAUAGUGACUGCUGCAAAUGCACUGGCUUUCUUGGCAACAGCGUGGCUCGUGGAAUGGGCAUUACUGCAGCUGGACGUGGCGCAGUGAUUGCCUCCAACAUUUUCAUUUCUUCAAGUCUGUUGUACUUGGCAAGCCAAGAAGCAGGUUGCUUGGACGAAGAUGGCAAGACAACCGAAUGUGAUGAAAAGAUUUACGGGUUUCAACCAUCGAGUCUCAUUACCAACAUUGCGGUCAUAUCCAAUGUCGUUGCUGCCGUUUUGAAUCCACUUAUGGGUGCCGUUGUCGACUUUACGGAUCAUCGUCAUGCGCUCGGAACCAUUUGCGCCUUUCUCAUUAUCGGGAUUCAAGCCGUUCAAGUCUAUACGGUCAGCUCGACAUGGUUCAUUAUGGCCAUUUUGCAGUCCGUUGCGGGAGCAAUUUACCAAUUCAUGCUUACGUCAACGUAUGCGUACUUUCCCGAGAUGGCUGAACAAUUGGGAGAAAAGGCAAUGAGCAACAUUGCUCCCAAGAUUACCAUUACACAGUUCUCUUUCCAGGCAACCUUUAUGGUUCUGAUUAUUGGAAUCAGUAUUGGCAUUGGUUCUGGUGAUGUUCUUACAGCACAAAUAUCCCAAGGAAUCAAUGCUGUCAUUCUCCUCGUUUGCUGGUCCAUUGGAUGGUUCAAGCUAUUGCCCAAGUCCAAGGCCAAGCGCACAUUGCCCGAAGGAAAGUCCCUUUUUUCGGCUGGAUUUUCUCAAAUCUUUCAAACUGCCAAGCACAUCAACUCCCACUACAAGAACAGCAUUCGAUGGUACUUGUUAGCACUCGUAUUUGCAGAGGCUGGGGCCAAUUCGUUUACCAUUUGCGCCGUGACCUAUCUGAACGAAGUAUUGAAAAUGUCUGGUACGGAAACGGGUAUCGUCUUUUUGAUCGUGCUGGUUUGCACCAUUCCAGGUUCCAUCUUGUGCGAAUAUGUGGUCAACAAGACCAAUUUUAAUACCGGAUGGCGUCUGAACAUGCUUUACUUUUCCAUCGUUACCACGGUUGGAGUCUUUGUUUUGAAUGAUGAGAACGACAAGAUCAUGACCUACGUGAUGGGAGUCUUUUGGGGAAUCGCCUUGGGUUGGUUCUAUCCUACCGAGAAUGGCUUCUUUGCCGUCUUGGUUCCUCAAGAACAAGCCACUGAAAUGGCAGGUAUUUACAACUUUUGCGCCCUUGUCAUUUCAUGGUGUCCGCCUUUUAUCUUUACGGCGAUGAAUGAGAAUGGAAUUCCACUCAAUUAUGGUUUGCUCCAUUUGGUGGCCUACUUUUUGAUUGCCAUUGCCCUCCUGUCCAUGAUGCCCAGUUGGGAUGUCGUGAUUGCCGAGUCCCAUGGGCCGUCGUCGACUUUAGUUGAAAAUCCAACCAAGCCAGACGCCACCGAAGCUUGA